CCGCCCCCUCCCUCCAGCACUUUGGGGUCACUGGGAUGGGACCAAGCCUUCAACAACCAAUCAGCGGCCGCAGUGGAGCCUGAGCCUGGAGCCGUAAACCAGUUAAGGGAGGCGUGCCGAACGGGGCAGACAUUCGUCUCCGAUUGGUCUCACUCACUUCCCCCUACGGCUUCCCCGUGGUGGCUUCCGAGGCUCCGCCCCUGGCGGAGGGACUCAAAGCCGUUGCUAAGAGACACUCUACGCCGAAGGCGGUCUCUGCGCAUGCGGGAGGAGGUGCCAGCUUGUACUUUCUGUGAACUACGGUGGCCCAGAGCGGGCAUUUGUGUUCCCUCAAAUGGCGGCGUGAAGAGAGUUCGCCUGAGCUAGAUUCCAGGCAGGUAACCGGGACCGACCGCCAUGCUGGCAGCAGGGGAGGCACGAGUGCGGCCAAAUGAGAGCCUGGUUCAGGGCUUAAGGUUGGGAGGGCGGCAGGCUCCAGGAAGCGAGUAGAGCGGUGCCCAGUUUCUCCGCCCCUGUUCAGCGCUUCUCAGACGCAAGUGCCUGGUCUUGGCGCCGCUGUCGGUCCUUGAGACCCCGUUAGCUUCCAGGCUGGCAAUGCCUAGCCUGAAGUGGGAGAAGGGACUCUCUUUGGGAUAGCAAUGCCGAUCCAAGGAGUUUCCUGAAAGGAUAGCAACGUUGGCGGGUUCCUGUGAAUGAAUGGAGAGGGGUCGUGGGGAAAAUGCGAGAUAGACUGAUCAAGACGUUUGUUAAGCACUUUAUUCAUCUAGCAAGUGUUUACUGGCCACUGUUCUAGUCCUUGGGGAGACAACAGUGAACAAGAUCGUGAUUUCGGGGAGACAAACACAAAAUUAUCAGAUAGGGAUGGGUUAUAUGAGGAAAAUCAAGCAGAAUGGUGGAAUCGAUUUUGACCAGGACGUGAUGGGCUUUAUUAGGUAGUGCUAUGGUGUGAAUAUCUGUCCCCUUCAAAACUCAUGUUGAAAUUUAAUCCCCAAUGUGGCAGUACUGAGAGGUAGAGUCUUUAAGAGGUGGUUGGAUCAUGAGGGUUCUGUCUUCACGAGUGGAUUAAUCUAUUCAUGGAUUAAUGGGUUAUCAUGGAGGUAGAACUGGUGACUUUUUAAGGAGAGACUUGACAACACGUGAGCCUGCUCAGCCCCCUGGCCACGUGAUACUUUGCAGUGCUGUCUCCUGACACCAGAUGUGGUCCGUCAGUCUUAGACUUCCCAGCCUCCAAAACUAGACAAUAAAUUUCUUUAUAAAUUACCGAGUUUUAGGAAUUAUUUUAUAAGGAACAGGAAACGGACUAAGACAGAUAUGAAAGGUCUCUGAGGAAGUGACAUUUGAGCAGCGAUCUGAAUGACAAAGAGCCAGCCAUGCCAAGAUCUAGGGAGAGAAUUUUGCCAGCAGAGAGAAUUAGAAAUGCAAGGCCUCUGGUGCUAGAAUAUGCUUUGCUGUUUACAAGAACUGCCAGAAAGAAGGCUAGGGUAGCUGAAGCAGAGUGGUGGGAAAAUGACUGGUAAUGAGACUGGAGGGUGGGGCAUAGAGGUGAGAAGACGCGGAGAGUCAGAUCUUGAAGGGCCUUGGUAAGCCUUGUUUAGGAGUUUAGACUGUAUCCUAAGAAAAGUGGAUUGGUUUUUCAGAAGGAAGUGGGUGUAGGGUGGGCCAGGAUGCAACCACUUUGGAAGGGAUCGGUUGCAGCUGUCCAGAGUAGAAGUGCAGUAGUGGCAGUGAAGAUAGAUUCAGCUUUUUUAUUUUUGUCCCAUUAUACUUCCCAGCAAUCAUAUUUCGUAAUUUCAACUUUUUAAAUUUCCAUUUCUCCUUGAAAUUGGUAGCUGAAUUAUACUUAGAAACAACUUAUUCAGGACUAUUAAAUGCUAUCAAUUUUUAGUAGCUUUCGGUCUUUCAAUUCUACCAUGAUUUCUCCGUUUUUUCUUUUUUUUUCUUAACAGCAGGACUCCAAUGUAAACAAAUAAAAUAAAAGAGGUAUUUUAUUAGUGUUGUUAAAUGAAAUGUAUAGGAAGUCAUUGUUUUAGAUUAAACCCCUGCUCUAGGCCCAACAGACCAGGCCAAAUCAGAAUGGAGUUGCUGGUGCUAGCUGCCACGUAAUCAAACAACUUAGAAAUGGGCCAGUUGUCAAAAAAUCCGGAAGAUACACAGCCAGUAGUCAAGGAGGCCUGAUUUACCUGAGCCAGCAUGAUAAAGAAGUCUCUCCUCCAUUUUGUCUCUAUAAGGAAAGUAACUUUGAAAUGACCAGUCUGUCUUUUAUUCUCUUUUUGCUUCUUCAACCCUUUUCAGCCCACCUCUGCUCAGCUAAUCAGAACAACUUUUCUAAAUUUUUAGUUGAGAUGCUGCCAGAUUCAUGAAUUGCUAAUAAAAGCCAUUUACAUCUUUAAAUUUGUUCAAAUUUUGUUUGUUUUUGUUUUUGAGACAGAGUCUCCUUCUGUCGCCCAGGCUGGAGUACAGUGGUGUGAUCUUGGCUCACUGCAACCUCCGCCUCCCAGAUUCAAGCAGUUCUUCUGCCCCAGCCUCCCGAGUACCUGGGACUACAGGCACACUCCACCACACCAAGCUAAUUUUUGUAUUUUUAGUGGAGAUGGGGUUUUACCACGUUGGCCAGGCUGGUCUCGAACCUCGGACCUCAGGUGAUCCACCUGCCUCGGCCUCCCAGAGUGCUGGGAUUACAGGUGUGAGCCACUGCACCCAGCCUCAAAUUUUGUUUUUUAACAGUUCAAAUAUAAUGUACAAGUUCAGUUUUAUAACAUUUACUGAUUAUAGAGUCAAGAAGUUUUGAACUCACAAAAAGAAGGAAAAUAGGGAGAGAGAAAUGAAUAAAUAUGUAAAUUGUCGUGGAGAACAUAUUCAUUCUUAUAGCAGACUCAGCACCCGUGCAAUUCAUAUGGUGUAUUUGCUAAAUGGUAGUUAAGUAGAGAGACGGGGGCCUAAGAACUUGUUGGUGAAGAGCCUAGAAACAGAGUUGUCUCCUAAUUCCUAGUUAUUUGUAUUUCUGGCCAUUUGUUUUUCAUUUAAAAUCCUGCCUUUGAGUUAAACAAACAUUUUCAAAUUAUUGAAGUACAUGAUUAUAUCAUAGCCAAGUAACAUCAUAUUGUCAAAGUUUCACAGAAUGUGCUACUAGAUAAUUUUAAAUUGCUUUAUUGAAUUGGUGCUAUCAGAUUUGCUAAUUUUUAUAACUUUUCAUUGAUGUAAAAGCAGUUUAGAUUGCGGAAUAUUUUUAACAAGUUAAUAUUGAUUAGGGUUUAACAGAUAUACUUCAUUUCCCAUUAACUUAGUUAAUAAUAUAAAACUCACAAAAAUGGGAACAUCUUACAACAUGUAAGUGAAAUAAUUUGGGAUAAGUAUUUAUGAAGCUUGAUUCAUGAAAUCCUGACUCAGUCAGAAUUGAGUUUAUUUCUUGAGUAGAAAAAGACUUUAUCAUUGGAAAAAUGCCCCAGCCCCACUGCAGCAAUUCUAAUUUAGCUGGUCUCCAGGGAGUCCAAGGCUCAUGGAUUUUUUUCCUAAUGUUCCAGUGAUGUCAGUGUCAAGGUCAGAUUCCAGGGUCAAGGACCACUGCCCAGGAGGCUGUGUCCUGGCCCAUAAAGCACUUGGUGGUGGAGAGAAUGAGCAGUUUAUGUUCUAGUUGACAGUAGGCACUGUUCUGGGCCUGCAGGUGGUGUCUGGGGAUCUUGGUGUAAUAAAGAGGGCCACCGUAAAGACAGAUGCAGCACAGUUUGGAGCCCAUCAUCUGGCUUGUUAGCCCAACUUAGUUCAGCUGUACCUGGCAGAAAAGGAGAUGGGGCUGGGUAGAGAAACUGUAUUUCAGACCUUGGUCAUCACAGCAAAAAGAAUGCUGAAAGAAAGGAAGCUAACUGGAGGCUUUUGAGUUCUUUAUAGUUGUUGCCCUGGUAAUUUAAGGGAUUUUGGUCUUCUAUGGUACUCUACCACAGCCAUUUUAAGGUGGUACCUCAAUGUGUGUUGCUUCUGUCAAGUACGUUGUCAGAUGUGUCAUACGGUAAAGACUGAAUGAGCUCAGAACUUAAUCCCUGCUAUGGAUACUACUGUUUAUAAUUCUUUGAUGCUACAUUUUUAUUAUAAUUUAAAAUUCACAACUUAAAAUAUUACAUGGUGUUUUUAAAGUUUUUUGAGAUCAAAAUGGUACUAAAAUAUACUUUGGGACUGAUUUUAGGAUUGAUACAUAUACACUACUAAAUUAAUCUUCAGCCAGGAAUGUAUUCCACAAAUACAAGUACCUACUGUGUAUCAAAUGCUGUGCUAGGAGCUAGGGAAGAACCAAGCAGACAACUCUAAAUCAUACAAAUCAUUGCACAAAUCGUUAAAGUAUAAUUGUGACACAUUCUGUAAGACAGGGCACCAGAGCUGGAAGACAGAGUAUCACCGGAGGACCUACCCUGCCAAAGAAAGUCAUAUUUAAGCCUAAAACAAAAGGGCAAGUGGGUGGAAGGAGAAGCAUUGUAUCAAGGCCCAGAGGCUGGAAGGAAUCUUUCAAGGUUAAUAAAUAAAGACAUAUUGACAUCUUCCUACUUGAGUUGUACAGGUGUUUUCACAUAUAAGCCAUUUAAUUUUUGCAAAUCUUUGAGUAUGCUACUUGGCUGAGGUAGAUAGAUAAUCUCAUUUUAUCAAUUGAAAAAUCAGAUCUUGUCUGUGUACAGAAUUUAGGAGUUUAGUAAAAUCUAGACAGUAUCACAUCUAUAGACGGUUCCUAAACGCUACCCUGCCACUGGUGGCGGGUUUGUGGGGGCAGAUGGAAAAGGGACAAGGCAUAGACUGGAAAAGGGGAAGACUAAGGAAAACCUUUCAGUGAAAUAUUUCAUUCUGAAGUACCACUUAAAACAUAGUCAUAAUUUAGCAAUUAAGUGUAGAAAAGUAUCAUUCAUAUUGAUACAUUGGCGAGUUUCCACUUAUUUAAAAAAUGCUUAGCAUUAGCAUAUAAAAACCUAAGGAGCUCAGAUUCCUCAUCAAUAAAUCAAGUAGAUUGCGCAGUGGUUCUCAAGGUGUAGUCCCUGGUUCAAUUCUUGGGCCCUCCCCAGACCCACUAAAUCAGAAUCUCCAAAGUGGGCCCAGCCAUUUGUGUUCUAAUAAGCCUUCCAGGUAAUUCUGAUGCUACAGUUUGAUAAUUAUCUCUAAAUUAUCUCUGAGAUUUUUUCUAGUAUGAACACGUUAUGAUUCUAAUGUCCAGCAUGAAUCUGUGCUAUGUUUAAAAGAAAAGAUUUGCCUUUGGAGUGUCACAUACUAGAGCUGCUUGAGAAAGAUACUGUUGCCAGCAGGCCAGGUCAGGCUCUUCGCUUCUCUGCACAAAAGAAUUGGAAAGGGAGACCACGGUGAAAAUGUAGAAGGUUUGUUGCAGAGUGAAAGCAAGUACACACUCAAAAGAGGAGCGUGGAUGUGCUCAAAAGAGGCGUGUAAUGUGGUCAGGGCUCCCUAGGCAGAUAGGCAUGAUGAAGGCACAAAUAUUCUGUGAUAAAAGGAGAGUGUUUCCAGGAAAUGGGCGGGCAGUUCCCUGAAUCAGGGCGCCACCCUUUUCUUGACUAAAUGUGGUUAAUCUGGAGCUGUCAUGGCUUCAGGUACGUGGCAGGGAGUGGGUGGUUUCCCCAGGGAAGUUUUAUGGUAAUAGGGGCAUAAUGCAGCCAAGAGUGUGCAUUCAGUCAAGUUUUUGGUCAUCUUGGAUUUAACCAAUUGCAGCAGGCUUCCUCUUUGUUACAUUCUUAUCUGUGCCUGGUCCCCAGGUAGCCCUUUCCCAUUGGCACAGCUGCCGGCAUUCACCUAUGCAAGCUUUUACUUGCGUAUCUACGCUUGCAGCUUGAUUUUUCAGGCCGCUUUUUGUUAGAAAAGAAAUGAUUUGGGGGCUGCUUUUUAUUAAAAGGGAAACCUUGCCGAGGACUCUUACCCUCACUAUCUAAAUAAUUUCUAGCUUCUGUAUCAUCAGGCUGUUACCAGUAUAUCACUUUGACAGAAAAAUGCUUUUAAGCAUUAAGUCUUUUAUCUAUAACUUGAUUGCCAGGCUUUUCCUUCAUGCCAAAAAAAUCUGGCCUGUUUCAGAGUCCUAAGACAAGAGUUUAAUAGGAAGACAAUUUACAAACGUGACAGAGUUUGUAUUCUCACUAUCUCAGAAGUAACCUGGAAACUUGUUAGAAAUACAAAUUACUGGGCCCCACCCCAGAACUAUCUUAUGGGAAACUCCUAGGGUAGGGCCCUGCAGUCUGCUUUCAUAAACUUGUCAAGUGCAUGACACAGUUUGAGUACCAUUGUUUUGAGGAAAAGGAAGGAUGGUGUAGCACUCGGAGGCCAGUAACCUCCAGCACCCGCUUUAGCCCUGAAGGUAAAGAGAGCUGGCAGUUCCUGGAGCUUGAAAGUCCAGCCUGCCUUCUGCCCCUCCCACUCCAAAUCUCCUGGAGCCUAUUGGGGCACUGAGGAGAGGGAAGAAUGGAACUAAAGGGAAGAUACUGGCACAUGGCAUGCUGUUGGAAGAUAUCUGCCCUACUUGUUUUAAUGGGGAAGGAAGGUGCUCUUGUCUAACCAGACCCAUUUUAUUUUUUCUGUCAAAAAUGCAGUUUUGAUUGGUGGAGGGAACCAGAAUCUUGGAAGACAGCCUCGGUUUGGGGUGCCUCAACUUCUGCGUCAAGUGUCACUGCAUCUUCAUUAAUGGAGCAAAAUAGAUUAAGUAGUCUCUUGGGCUGUGGUCAGAUUUGAACCUAUUGUUGAAUUAGGGGAAGGCCUACUAUUGACUUUCCCAGUCUAUUAGUCUAUGUAGUAGCCACAUCAUAUAAAGAAAACUGAAACCCAUGUCACUGACAGCAGCACUACCAACAACAUUUGAUCUCACGAGAUUCAUGAUCAUUAACCGAAAUCAGAGACCCCUGAAGGUCUGAUGACCAUGCUGGCCUGUUGAUUCCGGGGCUUAAAUGGAACUGUAGUCGGCCCUCUGGAUCCACGGCUUCCACAUCCACAGAUUCAACCAACCUCAGUUCUUUCAGUUUUAACAAGGGAGACAUGAGACAUCAAUCAAGAUAUGUAAAAUGAACAUUGGUUCAGUCCGGAAAGGUGUGACAACUCUAAGCGGAGAGGAGGCUUCCAGGUCACAGGUUUCACUGAAGAAACGCCUUGGAGAUUCAUUGCACUUCUGAGAUUUAAUGUUUACAACUUGGAGUUGUCGACCUUCUUAUAAGAUACAUUUUGGAAGUCAAAAUGAAAGUUUUCUGUGAAGUUUUAGAACAGUUAUACAAGAAGGUACUUCUUGGAGCCACACUUGAGAAUGACAGCCAUGAUUGCAUCUUUUAUCUCAACCCAGCAGUUUCAGAUCAAGAUUGCUUUACAGCCACCUCCUUAGUAUGGGCAAACACCUAUAGUACCCAGGGAAGGCAUCAGCCCAUCUCUGUCGGUGUGGCUCCCAUUGCUGUAGCAUCUGCAUGUUUGAAGACCAACUCUCAGAUGAGCAGUUCCAGAGAAGUAAUGCUCCUUCAGUUAACAGUGAUCAAAGUGAUGACAACCCGGAUACUAUCUGUCAAAACUGAGUUCCAUGCAAAGGAGCAAUACAGAGAUGUAAUUAAAAUUCUCUUAGAAUCAGCCAAAGUCGAUUCUCAAUUAAUCUGUAUGUUCCAAAAUUCAGAUAAAUUGUUAUCUCACAUGGCUGCACAGUGCCUUGCAUUGCUUCUAUAUUUCCAAUUGAGAGAAAAGAUAACCUUAAGUAAUUCCUGGAUUGCUUUUUGCCAGAAAAAUCUUUCUGAAUACUCUGAGAGUAAUAAAGCAAUAUACUGCCUCUGGACUCUUACAGCAAUAAUAAAAGAAAUCUUUAAAGAUUCAUGUUCACAAAAAACAGAAAUUCUAAAGCAGUUCCUGACUCAUUUCGACACUAUUUUUGAAGUGCUUUACAAUUCCUUAUUCUCUCAGCAUUUUGAAAACUGCCUGGAUACUUCUAAAAUAGUAAACAUCCUGAUGUGUUUCCUCGAGUUGCUUGAGCUUCUCAUAGCCUCCAGAGUCUACCUGAAGUUACAUUUCACUUGCCAGAGGAUUUUAUUUUUGAAACCAUCUUACAUGCUGGAAGUUAUUACCUGGCCUAUUCAGGCUUUUGUCAAAAGGAAGGUCAUCAUAUUCCUCAAAAGGUGCCUUCUCUGUAAAGUGGGUGAAGACCUCUGUCGUGGAUCUGUGCCUGCCUUAAUGCCGCCAGACCAUCAUGUAGCGGUGGACAUGCUGGCUUUAGCUAAUGCUGUUUUGCAGGCUGUGGAUUCAGGGUUGUUGAAGACACUGUCUGUUUAUGAAAAACAUUCCUUUUUUGGAGGUGAUGAAGUUCAACCUGGAUGUGAACAUAUCGCUAGUCCAGAUCAUGUGAUCCUUAGAGCAGCAAGCUUAGUUAUAAUGAAAUCCUUAGAAAUCAAGUUUCAAAAUUGUUCUUCAGCAAGUGAAAUGAAAGUUGACUUACAGAGGUUCAUGUCUGAGUUACUGACCUUCUUAAAGCCUCACCUUCAGCCCUCUCUGCAAUUACACAAUCCGUGCAAAUGGCUGUCUAGGGUUUUCAUAGAACAAGACGAUGACAUGCUGGAGGCUGCCAAGGCAUCACUGGGCAUCUACUUAACACUGACCAGAGGAUGUGAAGCCACUGAAAGCUUGACUCAGGGAAAAGAAAUAUGGGACCAUCACACACAUGAAAAUGGCUAUAAUCCUCACUGUAUUUUCUUGUUCUUCUUAAAAAAUAUAGGAUUUGAUUCUACAGUUCUUCUUGACUUUUUGAUUUCAUCAGAAACCUGUUUUCUUGAAUAUUUUGUGAGAUAUUUAAAAUUACUGCAAAAGGACUGGGAUGAUUUUUUCACCAUUUGCAAUAACUUUGAUGCAACUGAAUCUAAAUAUGACAUAAGUAUUUGUGGCUGUGUCCCCUCACUUGUCCAAGACCAAAGCACCAACCGAACAAUACCCUAUCAUUUGACUGCUCCUCGUAGUCACAGAGAUGUGUGUGCUCGGCACUCCUGGGCUUCCGACGCUCCGUCUGAACCACUGAAAGCUGUGAUGUCCAAGGGGACUCACACCAUGUGUGCUUCUAGUCUGUCUUCCCCCCGGGCCUCUCAAAGUCUGGUAGAUUAUGACAGCUCUGAUGAUUCUGAAGUGGAAUCCACAGACCAGUGUUUAGCUAACAGUGAACAGACAUCUUCACACCAGCAAGCAACUAAGGAGAUUCAGGAUGCAGCUGGGACAAGCAGGGAUAAAAAAGAAUUUAGCCUUGAGCCUCCAUCAAGGCCUCUGGUUCCGAAAGAAUUUGAUACUGCCUUCUCCUUUGAUUGUGAAGUAGCCCCAAAUGAUGUCAUCUCUGAAGUGGGAAUAUUUUACAGAAUAGUAGAAUGCUUCCGGGAGCUACAGGAUGCCAUCUGCCGUUUGCAAAAGAAAAAUCUUUUCCCAUAUAAUCCAACUGCACUUUUGAAGUUGUUAAAAUACAUAGAGGUGAUAAGUAAUAAAACUAUGAACACUUUGUAAAA